AUGGCGAGCUCACAAGCGGUAGAAGUAUUAAAUAAAACUUCAAGCGAGCCAAUCUAUACGUGGUCAGUUAAAGAGUUUCAGGAUCUAUAUACUCGCAUGGGAACAGGUGCUUUUAUUAUGAGUGAAAGAUUUGCUUCUCCCCAACCUUUUACUAUCGAUCCGAAAACUGGUGCGAAAGACCCGAUUCAAUGGUGGCGUCUCGUUCUUUAUCCGCAUGGCUACGUGAAUGAACCUGAUCAUUUAGCGGUAUUUCUUACGACUUCUCGGUCAGAGUACGAAAAAAGGAACCAAGUUAAAUCAAGAACAGUUCAACGAUUUUGGUUCGAAUUGUUUCGAGUUGAUAAUUCUGAUGCUAAAUCUAAGAAACCUACACUUAUUGCUUCAAGAAGUUUUAAAAAGUCUGAUUUCGUUUUUGAAAGUCAGGAUGAUUCCCAUACUUUAGGUACUAGAAAGCUUGUACCUUUUACCGAAAUUUUUGCAGACGGAAAGGAUCAUAACAAUGUUACAUUAAUUAUACGAGUGCAUAUCAUCAAUGAGGUUCCAUUUACGAGAGAUUCUUUAAAUGAAAGAACAAAACCAUUUUUAACUUCUUUCGAAAAAUUUUUUAUGGAUGAAAAAUACUGCGAUACCGAGUUUAAAUUUGAUUGUGGUUCUAAAAUUAAAUCGAAUCGACUUUUUCUUGCAAGUCGUUCAGAAUGUUUUGAUUCAUUAUUUAAAGAAAAAGAAUUAUCGCUAGACGAAUUACAAAAUCUUUAUUUUGAUUCUGUGACAAUGCAUUUAGAUAAUUUAAAAGAAAUGGUUAUAGCCCGAAUUGGUGGAGUGGUGGACAUUCACACUUGGGAUCAGAUUUUAAAAUUUUCUUUGAAGAUCAAUGAAGAAAAAUUGCAAAAUAUCGUUAUUUUAUUCCUUCAAUCCAAUUGGGAUGAAGUAAAACAGACAAUACAGAUGGACCGAAUGUUGAAGGAUGGACAAUUCGAUUGGAUUGGAGUGAUUGAAAAUUUGGUAACAAAAAAAAUUCUCGGCAAUUAG